AUGUGGGAAGUAGUGUGGACGGACCCCGACAGGGAGUCUAGAAAGGAGCACCGCGAGAGGAAAGCAGUUGAGCGGGAUCAUAAGGACAAGACCAGAGCAUCUAGGAGUUCCAUGUCCACUCGCAGCUCUUCGUCGUCCGACAACAAACCAUUCAGCUUCUUCGGAUCUAGGAGUCUUAAGAGGACACUGACACCAUCAAGCGCCAAAACAUCCACCGCACACGCACUCAAAGCCCCGAGCAUCGAUAGCACAUUCAGAGGCUCGCUACUAUCGGCUGUCUCGGAGCCACCGCCACUCCCUACGGAGCUCCCAUGCAGCCCCGUCACCACGGUCGAUCGCACUUACAUGCCGCAAGAGCAACAUUGCUUCCUAGACUCUGUUUUCUCCAAGUGGACAGACACCUCCAUGGGCGGUCCGACAUCUCCAUGCAACACAUCGGUCGCCGAGUCGACGUCAGCAAAGAGGGAACAUUACGUCCAGACUCUCGGCCCAACCUCUUUCAUCACCAAAAGCACGGAGGUCACUAUACUGCCUCGGACGAUAGAAAAUGAUAUCUCUGGCAUGAUCUCACAUAUAACCAUCACAGCCGAGCCAGUCAAGGAGGAGCCUCCAACCCCUCCACGUUCUCCAACAGCACAGCCCGCGGUUACCGCCCUGAUAUCACCGGCAAUGCUUGACUCGCCUGUCAACCUCUUCCCUGGCCAUCCCAGCCCGCAGCGCUCAUUACGGCGAAUUCCUUCAUGGUCAAUGGCAUUCAAGCCCAACAACCCAGACUCCUGGAGACCGCCGGAUGCGUGGGACUGCGGCCCACCACCGGAAGUGCGAACGCCAAUGAUUGAGGCGGUCAUCGAAGAAACACCAGAGCUUGAUGCCGCAUGUUCCAUGUCCAUGGAUCUUAAUGGGAUGCAGCGUGAGAUCAGGCGGAUGGCCGCUGCAAGCCACAGCAUCCGCCUUUUGCGGUUGAAAGAGGUCUGGGGCGAGACCACCGAUGCCAGCCUCUACAAGGAGCUCGAGAUGGAAAAGAAGAGAUGGAUGCUUUCUUCUUUGCACAACAUGGACAAACCAGUGGAUUUGGAUCAAGCGAAGGUUCAUCCCAACAAGAUUACUCCUGCAAAGGCGAAAAAGGUCCUCGCGCUUUACGAGACUCAGGCAACAACGUCAUACCUAGCGGCCAUCCACUUCAAUAAGCAAGUAUACCAUCUGGCUUCGUCGCCCUUGUCUCAUACACUCUUUCCAAAUAUCCACCCGGUCAACGUUCCGGCCAUUUCGCCAUCGGCCUUCCCAGUGGCCCCGUCCCUUUUCGGCGUGGUCUACUCGUUGGCACUUCCGGCACUUUUGCCGUCCCCUGAAGUUCCCAGUCUCCUCAAAAAUGUUCACCGGUGCCUCGCUGCCGGUGGUGCCUUUCACCUCACAUUGAUCGAUCCUCUUCCUGUUACGAGUACGCUGGGUCCUCUGAUGCGUUCGUGGAUUGAGGAAAAUCUCAUUUUCAACCUCGAGAAGAACUUCCGCUGCAUGAACCCAAGCAAACUCUUCCCUCUGUGGUUGGCAGACGCUUCCCUCCGUGCUGAAGGCAGUACCAUCACCACUGUGAGGUUUUCCGCUAUACCACCAACAGACAGACCAGACACGGCUACGACCGACGCCGAGGUGCUUGCAGAUAAGGCUGUCAAGCAGGAGCUCCGCAGUAUGGUCGGCCGUAUGCUCUGGAGGGAAGUAUGGGGACAGUACAUCACGGCAGAUCAGUGGUGGUGGGAGAACCCCAGAAUUGUGGAGGAGUGCGAGCAGCUCAAGACGGCGUGGGAGUACAGCAUAAUCGAGGCAGUCAAGGAGGCGUGA